UAUAUAUAUAUAUAUAUAUAUAUAUAUAUAUAGGGAUACAGGAUGGAAUUUAUAAAGGCAAGAGCUACUCUGCUUCCAGUUAUGGAGAAGAAAUGGGCAUGCCCAUUGGCCUUGAGCACUACUAUCUGCAUCGUUCUCAUUGUCACCUCCUUCAACAUGGGCCUCCUCUCCUUCCUCCCCAGCAUCUUCUCCAACUUCAAAGCCUGGAAUUCGAUGAGCUCGGGACCUGCGUUUGUGGAAAUCAAAUUUUCCAGUAACCCGCCACCACCUGCCGGGCCGCCGAUUCCUCGGCUGGCCUACUUGGUCUCGGGGUCGAAGGGUGACUUGGAUCGCCUGUGGAGGACACUGCAGGCUCUCUAUCACCCUCGGAACCUCUAUGUGGUCCACUUGGACUUGGAAUCGCGGGCUGCCGAGAGAUUGGAAUUGGCUUCCCGGGUGGCAAAUGAUACACUUUAUCGGAAGGUCGGUAACGUUCAUGUGAUAACUAAGGCUAAUAUGGUUACAUAUCGAGGGCCGACCAUGGUUUCCAAUACUCUUCACGCUUGUGCUAUACUUCUCAAGAAGAGCAAGGACUGGGACUGGUUCAUAAACCUCAGUGCCUCCGAUUAUCCUCUCGCGACGCAAGAUGAUAUCCUCCACACUUUUUCAUCACUGCCGAGGAAUCUGAAUUUUGUCGAGCAUACGAGUCGAUUGGGAUGGAAGGCCGAGCAUAGGGGAAAGCCAUUGAUCGUAGACCCUGGGCUAUACAUGUCUCAGAAAAAGGAUAUCUUCUCAGUGACUCCGAAUAGGGAGCUACCAACUGCAUUUAAGCUGUUUACAGGCUCUGCAUGGAUGGCCUUAACCCGGGAGUUUGUUGAGUACUGUGUCUGGGGCUGGGAUAACCUACCAAGAACUCUCCUCAUGUACUACACAAACUUUGUUUCCUCCCCUGAAGGCUAUUUCCACACAGUCAUCUGCAACUCGCCGGAGUUCGUACACACCGUCGUCAACCAUGACCUCCACUAUAUUUCAUGGGAUGUACCCGCAUCGCAGCAUCCGCGCGUCCUCUCCCUAGCCGAUAUCCCUAAUGCGAUUGGCAGCAAUGCACCCUUCGCUCGCAAGUUCGGCAGAAAUGAGACGGUACUUGAUAAGAUCGACGCAGAUCUCCUUGGCCGGAAGAACGGGAGCUUCGUCCCUGGGGGCUGGUGUGUGGGAAGUCCGCCGUGCUCGGAGAUCGGGGAUCCAACACAGCUCAAGCCUGGACCUGGGGCUGAUAGGCUAGCUAAGCUUAUGGAGAAAAUAGCUUUCUCAGAGACGUUUGGUUUGAACCAGUGUAAAUAAGUAUUAAAAUGUUUACAGAAGAAAGGGGGAAAAACAAGAGAGAGGGAGAGAGAGAGAAGUAAUUUUAUUUCUCCACUCCACCAUAUUCGGUACAUCUCAAGGAUUAUAUACACUUGUAUACAUACUUUAUAUAAAGAAAAUAAUAGAGGUUGAUAUAGGAUCAGCCUAACAAUGGAAAAUAUUA